AUGUUAAGUGAGAUUGCCUCUGUCUAUGAUCCCUAUGGAUUUGCAGGCCCAUUUAUCUUGCAUGCAAGAGGAUUACUUCAAGGACUGACCGCCAUGAAACUUGGUUGGGAUGAUCCUAUUCCAGAUAAGUAUAGGGUCAGGUGGCUAAAAUGGAAAGCAGAACUUCUUCAGAUGGGAGACGUCAAAAGCAGUCGUUGUUAUAGACCGUAUGAUUUUGGACAAAUGACAGAAGCUCAACUCCAUCAUUUUUGUGAUGCGUCGCAGAAGGUUUACGGAGUAGUGACGUAUCUUCGUAUGAAGAAUGAUCAGGGGCAAGUCGACUGCAACAUAGUCCUCGCCAAAUCACGUCUGUCACCCCUUAAGAAGAUAACUGUACCAAGAUUGGAACUCUUGGCUGCAACUCUCGCCGUAACGAUGGAUGGAAUGAUAAAAAGGGAACUUGAUCUUCAACUGAAGGAAUCAGUCUUCUGGACUGAUAGUGCCAUUGACAAGCAAUUUAAUACCUUCGUCGCUAAUAGAGUUGCAACCAUAAGAGAUGGGUCAGUUCCUUGGCAGUGGAGACAUGUGAGCUCAGACUUAAACCCCGCUGAUGACAUCACUCGCGGAUUAACUCCAAGAGAAUUAAAUGGAAGAUGGAUGACAGGACCAGAAUUCCUGUUUGCUGACAAUGACCAGUGGCCUAGAUGUAUUGAGCUUAAUAAACAGGACAAAUUGGACAAUGACCCAGAGGUCAAACGAGAUCGUGAUCAGGGAGUGUUUUCAUAUGCACACUCAGAAGACACAAUUGAGGAAUUGAUGUUACGAUAUUCCUUAUGGUACCGUUUGAAGAAGGCUGUGGCAUACAUCUUGAGGCUCAGGAAUUACUUCAGAUGUAAAGCAGGUCACAGGGUCAAGGUUGAUACAACUUGCAUGAAUCACCCUUUGUCGUUGGCAGAGAUGAAUGGAGCAGAGGAAGCUGUAAUACGAUAUAUGCAGAAGAAGCAUUUCAAGACUGAGUAUCAGUGCCUUGAAGGAAUUUCCCAAACCAAAGGGGGAAAUGACAAGUCAGUGAAGCCGACGAAAUUGAAGUUAAGGAAGUCAAGUUCCUUGUCAAGACUCAAUCCAGAAAUGACUGAUAAUGGACUCAUUCGUGUAGGGGGUCGACUGAAGCAUAGUACUGUGGGUAAAGGUAGCAGGCACCCAUUUAUUCUCCCUAAGAAACAUCAUGCGGUGGAGCUUCUCGUGAGGCAUUAUCAUGAACUGACUGGUCAUUCUGGACAGGAACACGUCUUGGCUCAGAUGAGAGAACACUGCUGGAUAGUUGGAGGACGUUCUACUGUGAAGGAGGUGUUACACAAAUGUUUUGUGUGCAAGCGACAAUCAUCGCAGCCCAUGCAGCAGAAGAUGUCCGACCUCCCUUCUGAGAGAAUUACCCCUGAUAAACCACCAUUUACAUUUGUAGGGGUAGAUUGUUUUGGACCGUUUACUGUAAAGCAGGGACGAAAGGACAAUAAGAGAUAUGGAUGCAUCUUCACAUGCUUGGUAUUAAGAGCCAUCCAUAUUGAGAUUCUUCACUCAAUGGACACAGAUUCUUUUAUCAAUGGUCUGGAAAGAUUCAUCUCGAGAAGAGGGAGACCAGAAGUAAUCUGGUCAGACAAUGGCAGCAACUUUGUAGGAGCAGAGAGGGAACUCGAGAAGGAAUCAAGAGCUGGAAUCGACAUCAGAUUCAUCAAUCUUUACUUCAGAAGUUACCUGGAAGUUCAACCCACCUACAGCAUCUCAUAUGGGAGGUGCAUGGGAACGCCAAAUAAGGACUGUACGUAA